CACAAGUCUCAUCACUUGGCCCUCAUUUUCAGAGACCCUUACAUCGACUACUUUCGUUCAGAUAUCGUCUCCCUCCAGAUCAACCGAUUUGUUGUCAAGAUGCACUUCAAGCAAGUCAUCACAGCCGGCAUGGCCAUGAUUGCUCUCUCCCAAGCGGCCAAUCCCCGUGCGGAUGGCUUACCUCCAGCGGUGGCAGCCCGCCAAGCGCCUGGUCAAUACGUUCCGGCCAUCACCACCAUUGUCGUUAUUGACUACUUCCCCGCUGUGUCCUUCUCCACCGUCUAUGACACCAGCUACUACACCGUCUUCCGUUGCCCGGAGAGCGUCACCAAUUGUCCCCUCAGAUCUGCGGCCCCUUCACUAGUCACCUCCGUUGUGGCAGUAUCCACCACGAUCUGUCCCCUCACCUUGACUUCCAUUGGCACGUCCACCGUACCAGGCUCGUCUCUGGUUCCAAGUUCGGCUACUCCAGGGGCUUCAAGCCCGACCACUUCGACUGCCCUACAGACGGUGACGAACAACUGGUCCAGCACUGUGACCAUCUCAUCCGUGCCAGCCUUCACCACCGUUCCGGUGACCACGCCUGAGCUGUCGAGCUAUGCACCACCUACUCCCACUCCAUACACUCCGCCAAGCAGCUCAGCGGCUCCACCGUCGUCAACACAACUGGCGCCGACAAGCACUGCAGUGCCGUCGAGCUCCUCUGCUGAAGUUGGGACAUCAAGCGCUCCAGUCCCAUACUCGACGACAUCUUCCGUGGUUGCGCCGACAACAUCGUCAAAUGCGGCUCCUACAACCUCGUCACCAGCCAUCUCCGCGACUUCGUCUGCAGCCCCGACGACGACAUCUUCCUCGCCUGCAACUGUUUCCUCGCCAUCCGCUUAUGGUUCCUCCUCGACUGGGAGCGUAGUAAGCUCUUCCGCACCUUUAACAAGCUCCUCUCAGACCCCCGGGACUACAAGCAGUGCGGCGGCAACUGGUACGACCUCCAGCGAAGUCAGCACAUCUGUGCCCGACUCUACGUCGUCUUCUGCACCCACGUCCAGCGUCACUGGCACCGCAUCAGUCAGCGCUCCAGUUUCAACGUCGAGCGUGGCAAGCGUCAGACCAAGCGCAAACAUCACGACCACCGAGAUCACUUCGACAAGCACGACUACGUCACAAGUGACUGUGAUCAUCAGCUCCUCAUCUGUGUCAAGUGCUGUUGCAACUAACGCGACUCAAACCACCAGCGAGAUCAUAGUUGGCCCAUCUGGCUACACUGUCGUCCCGACUACCUCAGCUCCCGCUGCAAAUAACACAUCAUCACCUCCGACCACCACUGAGAUCAUAGUUGGCCCAUCUGGCUACACGUUCUUCCCGACUACUUCGGUUCCCCCUGCUUACGGCACAUCAUCGACAGAGGGCAGUCCAGUCACUGCAUCUUCAUCCGGUCCUGGUGGAUAUGGCAGCCCCUCCGUAUCCGCAACCUCUGCACCUGUCGGUUACGGAACUGUGUCAAAUCCGGUCAACCCAAGCCUCACAACACCUGUCGUGCCAUCCAGCUAUGGUACUGGUACCCUUCCAUCAGGGACAAGCAAUGGUACCGUCGUUCUCCAGACGCCCAGCAUUGUCCCUGCCACCGGCGAUGCCUCUUCCUUCGCGAUGCGCGGUACAACUACGGCGUACAUUGUCAGCAUCGUUGUGGCUGCCAUUUUCAUGGUAUAAAGCCGCCUUUUCGACUGCUUCCGUCAUGGCUACGGGCUUUCUGG